UGAGGAAAAUAAAUAAAUAAAUAAAUAAAAAACAGUCUAUACUAAUCACUUAAAUGGAGAACUGUAACGAGUACCUUUAUCAUCUUAGUAGUGGUUCCCCUGUUUUAAGCACAAACAGUAGCUACAAAAUUCUCCAUAGACUUUAAAAGAGCUUUGCUGUGACUGUUAUCCUAGUUUCCUGCUGAUGUUGGUCAGAAGCAUCACCAGUUUAAUAUUGGCCAAGAAAAGGAACACAAUGCAAAUUUUUCCGGAAAAGGCCAGAGAAUUGUGGAACAAAUGCGAGCUCCGGGCCCUGGUUUUAACUAGCCUUAGUCUACAGAUCAUCCUCAUUUUGAUCGGAAAUUGGAGAAAACAUUCCACCAGCAACAAAAUCAGGAUGGCUCUAUGGCUUGCCUACUUAUCGGCGGACUCAGUCGCCACAGUUUCACUUGGGAUACUCUCAAACAACCAAGAAGAUAAUUCUACUAACUCGGGCACAGGCUCAGGACAAGAUUCCACAGACCCAAACUACAUAAUUAUGGCAUUUUGGGCUCCAUUUCUCCUCCUCCACCUUGGUGGACCAGACACCAUCACUGCUUACGCAUUGGAAGACAAUGAAUUGUGGCUCAGGCACUUGCUUGGGCUCUUUGUUCAAGUGGGAGUAGCUUUUUAUGUCUUCCUCCGGGCCUGGAACUCCAAUAUGCUGAAUUUCUUAGCGAUUCCAAUGUUCGUAGCUGGUAUUAUCAAAUUUGGAGAGAGGACUUGGGCACUGAGAUCAGCCAGCAACGAGCAUUUCAGAGAGUCCAUGCUUCCACAACCUGACCCUGGUCCUAAUUAUGCCAGAUACAUGGAGGAGCUGUGUCUGAGAAAAGAAGAGGGUUUUCAUGUUAAGUCGACAGUCAUCGAAGCUAGCGAAGCAAGGGGUACUCAUCGCGAAAUCAGGAGAAGUACUAAUUCAAGCACGGAUUUGGUUCGCAAAGCUCACAGUUUCUUCUUAACUUUCAGACGGCUUUGUGCUGAUCUUAUCCUCAGUUAUCAUGAGAUCACCAAAAGCAGAUCCUUCUUCCAACACAUAUCUUCUGAUAAGGCUUUUGAAGUGAUUGAGGUGGAGCUGGGAUUCAUGUACGAUACCUUUUACACAAAGGCAGCCUUGAUCCACUCAUGGACUGGUGCAUUUCUUCGUUGCAUCAGUUUUUCUUCCACAAUUUCAGUACUUUUUGCAUUCAAGUUCACCAAUAAAGAAGCAUACACGAGAACUGAUGUAAAUAUCUCUUACAUAUUGUUGGUUGGAGCAAUAACCCUAGAGGUUUACGCAGUAAUUGUAAUGAUUACUUCAGACUGGACAAUGCUGUGGCUAAGUAAGCACAAGAAAAUUAUUGCGGCAGUCCAUCGAUACAAAUUCAUUUCCAGGCAUAGGUGGUCAAAUAAGUUGAGACAGUACAACUUGAUUGGUAUAUGUCUCAAAAGUGAGCCACCAAAGCUUAUGGUUCUUGCAAAGCUCUUAAGCAUUGAUAAAUGGCUUGAGAAAUACAUACACAUGUACGUGACAGAUGUGCCCAAGCAUUUAAAGGAACUAAUAUUUAAGCAGCUGAAAGAGAAAUCUAGUGGUGACAAUAAUGAUUUCAGGGGCUGCAAGGAAUUAUGUCGGAGCAGAGGUGACCAUGUCCUCAAAAGAGAGAACUUAUACGAUGAAUUUGGUUCAACCAUUGAGUUAGAAUUCGACCAAAGCAUUCUUUUAUGGCACAUUGCAACUGACCUAUGUUACUAUUCGAGUAAUCCAAGAAGAGAAACCAGUGCUGAUCCAAACCGAGACGUGAGUAAAUUGUUCUCUGACUACAUGUUGUAUCUCGUCGUUGUUUGCCCUUUCAUGCUGCCAAAUGGGAUUGGACAGAUAAGGUUUCAAGAUACGUGUGCAGAGGUUUUGGAGUUUUUCAACCAAAGGAAACAUAAGAAAGAUCCCAAGGAAGCUUGUCGGAUGUUGAUGGAGGUGAAUACUGAAGUUCAUCCAUCUGAAGUGAAAGGAGACAGAAGUAAAUCAGUGCUGUUUGAGGCAUGCAUUCUUGCAAAAACUUUGGAAUCACUUGAAACAGAGGAACGCUGGAAACUGAUCAGUUGUUUGUGGGUCGAAAUACUAUCGUACGCGGCUAACCAGUGUAGGUGGAGUCAACAUGCUCAGCAACUUAGGCGAGGUGGGGAGCUCCUCACUCAUGUUUGGCUUCUUAUGGCCCAUCUUGGCAUAACAGAGCAGUUUCAAAUUUCCAAGGGUCAUACAAGGGCCAAGUUGAUUCUGCACUAGGAGGACUGAUUUACAAAUUGUACAUAAAUUAAGUUUUCGGAUAAUAGCAAAAGUAAUACUAAUAUGUCCAUUUCCUAUUGAUGGUUUUAUGCUUCUCUUUUUGCUAAUGUGAAGAGUUAUUAUCAAAUCUAAAAUAUGUAACGAAUGUUUUAAAAUAUUCUAAGAAAUUUGUAUGAGAAAUUAAGAAUACU